AUGGACGAGACACAGCGGCUCUGCAUCAUAGUAUUUGGAGACCAGGCGGCCCCUUUUCACUCCGAGCUAGGGUCUCUCAUAUCACGCAAAGACAAUCAUGUUGUCGCCGCCUUCCUUGCCGAAGCAUACCGUAUCCUGAGAGGAGAAAUAGGGCAGCUGCCCCUAAAGGACCUCGCCGAGUACCCCAGGCCGGAAUCUACCUGCGUCGUGGGAAGCUGCAUCGGGCUUCUUGCCGCUGCCGCCAUCAGUUGUUCCCACAACGUUGUUGAGCUCCUCACAAUAGGUCCCGAGAUUGUACGACUCGCUUUCAAGAUUGGACUCCUGGUCGAGACCAGGACAUCGUCUUUGAUCUCGUCUCCCCCGCAACGAUCAACGUCAUAUUCCAUGGUGUUGGGAGGUGUGAACAAAGAGACUGCACUUGAGCUUGUUAGCAAAUACUGCGAAGAGAACCAUCUGCCGAAUUUGGCUAGGAUUUAUGUGAGUGCGGUCGGCCAUGACAGUGUCACGAUUUCUGGUCCAGAGGAGCAAUUGCAGCGUUUCUGUUCCAAGCCCUCAGGUUUCCGGUCCGCAAAGGUACCAGUGCGCGGUCUGUUUCAUUCUCCGCUACUUUACACAACCCGCGAGACAGAUACGGAGGUUGAAAGGCUAGCCGACCACGUCAAAGCUCGGGUUCCGCGACUCACGGUGCUCGCCAACUCGAAUGGCCAGCCGUUCACAAGCACAUCAUGCGAGAGUCUCCUCAAGGCUGCAGUCUGGGAAAUCGUUUCCAAGCAGCUACGAUGGGAUCUCAUCACGGAGAGCGCGGCCUCCGUUCUGUCAAAUGCCGAUGCCUCGGAAGCUGCCGUUCUGCCGUUUGCUUCGGGCAGUGUCGGUAGCCUUGUGGCGGCUCUGAGCCGCAAAGGUGACAAAGCUGUGCAGCUCGUCAACACCACAGCCUCAGGCGUUCCAGAAUCCAAGCGAUCAAAAAUCGCCAUCAUAGGGUUUUCUGGUCGGUAUCCAGAAUCGGACAACAACGACGAGUUUUGGGACCUGCUGUUCGCUGGCCUUGACGUGGUCAAGGACAUCCCCAAGUCUCGUUUCGAUCCCUGGCUUUACUACGAUCCCACUGGCAAAAAGAAGAAUACAAGUGGCGUCACGAAGGGGUGCUUCGUGAAGACACCUUGGCUAUUUGAUGCGCGCUUCUUCGGCCUCUCGCCAAGAGAAGCAGAGCAGGCGGAUCCUGCACAGCGUCUCGCCAUGAUGACAGCGUACGAAGCCAUGGAAAUGGCAGGGUUCGUCCCAGACGCCACGCCAUCGUCACGACGAGACCGAGUGGGUGUCUUCUAUGGCACUGCUAGUGAUGACUACCGCGAAUGCAACAGCGGACAAGACAUUGACACGUACUUUGUUCCUGGAGGAAGCCGCGCUUUCCUGCCUGCUCGCAUCAACUACCAGUGGCGCUUCAGCGGCCCCAGCUUUGAUGUUGACACGGCCUGCUCAUCGAGCCUUGCGGCCAUUCAUCUGGCAUGCACAAGUCUCUGGCAGCGUGACUGUGAUACAGCCAUCGCCGGAGGCACGAACAUCCUGACCAAUCCUGACAACUGGGCCGGGCUGGACAGAGCGCAUUUCCUCUCGCGCACGGGCAACUGCAAUACCUUUGAUGAUGGUGCCGACGGAUAUUGUCGAUCAGAAGCCGUCGCUACUGUCAUCCUGAAGCGCCUCGAAGACGCCGAGUUGGACGGCGACCCAAUCUUUGGCACCAUCCUUGGCGCGUACACGAAUCACUCCGCCGAGGCCAUAUCCAUGACGAGACCGCAUUCCGGGGCCCAGCGUGCCAUCUUUAACAGAAUUAUGACAGGCGCUGGGGUCGACAGCAAUGACGUGACCUACGUCGAAAUGCAUGGCACGGGGACCCAGGCAGGCGACGCCUGCGAGAUGGACUCCGUGCUGAGCGUCUUCAACCCCGAGCCGGGCGUGCGACGACCGCAGUCUCUGCAUCUUGGCUCUACAAAGGCAAAUAUCGGCCACGCAGAAUCUGCCUCCGGUGUCUCUUCCUUGAUCAAGGUCUUGAUGAUGAUGCAGAAAGACGUCAUUCCUCCACACGUGGGCAUCAAAACGCGCAUCAACAGGAACUUCCCAACGGACUUGACGCAGCGCAAUGUCCACAUUGCUCUCAAGCCGACAUCUUGGCCCAGACCGGCAGACAAGAUUUUUGGGAGAAGGGCUUUUGUGAACAACUUCGGUGCCGCCGGUGGAAACUCGUCGGUUCUCAUCGAGGAUGCACCGCUAAAACCCGCUUUGAUGAACGAUGCGCGACCACUGCACAUGGUUGCGGUGUCCUCCAAGACCCAAACAGCUCUGAAGAACAAUAUCCGCGCUUUGCGAGAAUAUCUGGAUGCUCAUCGCCAGACAGCGUUGUCAUCGCUCUCUUACACUACGACGGCGAGACGCAUGCACCACGGCUUCAGAGCCAUGGUUUCCGGAGCAAGCAUCGACGAUGUUUGCCGGGGUCUCGAGGCAGCGGAAACAAAAGAAGGCUAUCUCUCUACCGCCGCGGCUAAUCCGGCCACUGCAUUUUGUUUCACCGGCCAAGGGUCACAGUACCUGACCAUGGGCCACCAGCUGUUCGACAUUCCGCAAUUCCGAUCCAUCAUCACAGGUCUGGACGAUAUCCUGCGCCUCCAGGGCUUUCAGUCUAUCAUGCCAAUCUUGGACGGAACUUGUGUGACUCCUAUGGAAGAUCUCUCCCCAGUUGUGCUCCAAUUGUCCAUAACGUGCCUUCAGAUGGCGCUCGGCAAGUGGUGGAAGAUACUUGGCAUCGUCCCGACAGCUGUUGUCGGCCACAGCCUCGGCGAGUACGCCGCUUUGAACACUGCCGGAGUUCUUUCCGACGCGGACACGAUACACAUUGUCGGUACCCGGGCGGUCCUUCUCGAGAAGCAUUGCGCGAUGGGAACACAUUCCAUGCUCGCGAUCAAGGCCUCACUUGCGCAAGUUCACUCUUUCAUCGAGUCAGCCACCGGGUUGGAGGUUGCCUGCAUUAAUGGGCCGUCCGAGACCGUUGUAGCCGGUACUAUCGAUAGCAUCGGCGCGCUUUCUGAUGCCCUAUCCAAGCACAGCAUCAAAGGAACUCUCCUUAAGGUGCAAUUUGCCUUCCACUCGGCGCAAGUGGACGGGAUGCUCGACUCGUACCGCCAGGCGUGCGAAUCCGUUACCUUCGAGGACCCCAUCAUUCCCAUCCUGUCAUCGUCAACAGGCAAGGUCAUGACGAAGUCUUCCGACUUUGGCUCUCCAGCAGAGUAUUUGGCGAGCCAUUGCAGGCAGACAGUCAAGUUUUCUGAAACUAUACUGCAAGGCAGCCAGGAAGGAAUCAUCUCGGAAAAGACGAUCUGGAUCGAGGUCGGUCCCCACCCAAUCUGCUCCAACAUGGUGAAAAACACGCUUGGACCCAAGGUUCGAGCUGUCCCGAGCUUGCGACGCGGCGAGAGUGCCUGGCAAGUGAUGGUUGCAACACUCACGUCGUUGUAUGAGUACGGCCUGUCGAUCAACUGGAGCGAGUAUCACAGCGGGUUCAAGAACUCCGUCUCCGUCAUUGGUCUUCCCGCGUAUCAGUGGGAACUGAAAGAGUUUUGGAUUCCGUACAGGAACGACUGGUGCUUGACCAAGGGAGAUGCCCCGAGCGUGCCACUUGCGCUGCCCCCGGCAAUCGAAGAACCCGGGAAGAUAUUCACAGCAUCCGUUCAGCACAUCACCGAGGAGAAGAGCUCGUCCACCGUUUCAUCUAUUACGGCCCGCUCAAAUGUCAAAUACCCUGAUUUACUGGCGAUCCUCAAUGGGCAUAGAAUCAACGGUCGGCCCAUGUGCCCGUCUUCCGCGUACGCCGACAUGGCGCUGACGCUCUUCUCUCGGCUUCUUGACAGAUCUAGUCUGCCUGACAAGACCGAACUUUGCGUGGGCGUCUGCAACAUGGCGGCAGAAAAGACGCUUCUUUUAACCGAUGACCCCGUUCAGCUCAUUGAACUCAAGGCUGUUGCCGACUGGUCAAGCAAGACGGCCACCUUUUCGCUUUCUAGCAUCACCGCCCAGGGCAAGGCCACUGCUACCAAUGCCAGGUGCACUGGUACGUUCACCAACAGGGCUCAUGGGGUAAAGGAGUUGAAGCGACGCGACUUCCUCGUCAAGUCGAGAAUAGAGCAGUUGCAGCAGGCUGUACACGGUGACGAUGAGUCCGUUCAUCUUCUCAAACCGGGGCUGUUUUACAAGCUCUUUACCUCGAUUGUCGAAUACGACAGCCCGUUCAGAGGCAUACGCGAGGUCAUCAUGAACUCCUCAGGACUCGAAUGCACAGCCAAGGUCAAGUUCAACACGUCGCCUGGGGAGGGUGACAAGUGGAAGUGCCCGCCGUAUUGGAUCGAGAGCUUGGGACAGAUCACUGGUUUCUCCCUGAACGGAAACGAUGCGCUUGACUGCCAGAACUUUGUCUACAUCAACCACGGCUGGAGUAGCGUCCGGUUCCUGAAGGAGCUGUCACCGACCGAGACGUACAGAACAUACAUCAAGAUGGAGACUGAGGAUGGCAUUUCGUAUGCCGGAGACUUGUACUUUUUCGACUCCAGCAUGGAGAUUGCCGGCAUCUACGAGGGGGUUGUGUUCAGUUCUCUCAAUCGAAAGAUGUUUGAGAAGAUUGUUCCUCGCCCCGGAGCACCAGUAAAGGCUCCAAAGGCAGACGAGAAGGUUAUGCGGGACCCUACCCGUGUCAUCGAAGAAGCUCCGCGAGUCGAGCAUGCGACCACGAUGCCGGCGCCGAGCCCAGAUGAGGCAAAGGCCCCAGUGGCGGACGAUGUGCCUGCGAGGAUCAGAGCAUUGCUUGCUGAUGAGGUCGGAGUGUCCCUUAGCGAGCUCAAGGAUGAUGACGACCUUGUCACGCUUGGUGUCGACUCCUUGUUGGCACUGACGAUAUCGGAUCGCAUCCAGGAAGAACUGGAUGCCACCAUCGACUCUACCGCGUUUCUUGAGAGUAUUACUGUUCAAGAGGUGAUUGAACGCAUCACAGGGAUAUCGACGCCGUCCAUUGACGAAUCCUCCGUGCCAACUACUCCUCCAUCAAGCAGUGGCAUACUAGACGGCCCCGAUGAUGCGGACACUUCGCCAAUGUCAAGCGCUGACGAGAGCGACAUUGUCAAAGUCAUUCAGGAGAAGCCCGUCGGCCCUGCAAUCAAAGCGACAUCGGUGCUACUGCAAGGCUAUCCCACCACUGCCGUCAAGAACCUCUGGCUCGUUGCUGACGGCUCCGGCCUUGCAACGUCGUAUCUGAACCUCCCCGACGUUGAUAUACGGCACAUUGCCGUUUAUGGCCUGAGCAGCCCCUUUGUCAAGCGCACCGAUGGCAUGUCGCAGUACUCGUUCGCCGACCUCGUUGAUGCGUACAUUGCAGAGAUUCGUCGUCGACAGCCGCACGGCCCAUACUACCUCGGCGGAUGGUCUGCGGGUGGUACUUGUGCCUUUUUGGCCGCUCAACGCCUGGUGGAUGCCGGCGAGACAGUCGAAAGGCUGAUCCUCAUCGACAGCCCGAACCCCAUAGGGCUGGAAAAGCUGCCAUUCAGACUCUUCGACGACUUUAACAGGCUAGGCGUGUUUGGCACGUCCGGGCGCAGCCCGCCAGAGUGGCUGAAGCACCACUUUGAGGGUUUCAACACCAUGCUGCACGCUUACGAGCCGGUGCCUUUCCAAGCAAACAGCGCGGGCCAAAGACAACUCAAGACAUGGGUGGUUUGGGCUACUGACGGCGUGGCCGCAGAUGGGUCGGUUGAGAUUCUCCCCAGUGACCCGCCGAAUGUGCCGUGGCUGCUGAGGAGUAGGCCUGAGUCGGUGCUCGGGCCGAACGGCUGGGACCAACUCGUCGGUCGUGAGAACAUGACGAUUGAGAAGCUUCAGGGCGCUCAUCACUUCAAUAUGCUGAACGAACCGUCGGCCAAGGGGGUCAGUGAGUUUCUUGCGAGGGCGAUGGCUUGA